AACACUACAGAGCAGGAUUUCCCCACAUGGAGAUCCUAACAUGCUUUUAGCAGCAGGGUACCUGGAUAGCUGAAGGUUCUUUAAAGGGUUUUUGGAGAGUAAACUUUGUGUAAAAACUGGAAUAUGACAACAUUUUCAGAUUGAUGUUCUACUAAUUUUAAAUAUUCUGCAAAAUGUCUUUUGUCUCACAGCCUCGGUCUAACAUUUCUGUUGAGUUUGAUGAUGUUGGGUUACUGGAAAGAAUGACCACCUUUGCUCUGUCCACAAUCCCAUCCUGUGUGUUUCUCUUUAUUAAUGGAACCAUUUUGUUCACUCUGAGGAGUAAAUCUGUUUUUCGUGAAACCUGUCGGUAUAUUCUCCUGUUUAACCUCUUAAUAGCAGAUACUGCACAGUUAGCAGUAUGUCAGGUACUGUUUCUACUUUCUGUUUGCAGAAUUACACUAACAUAUCCUGUAUGUGGCAUGCUAACUGUUUUUGCCAAUAUCACAAAUGUAAUCUCUCCUCUAACGCUGAUGGUGAUGUCUCUGGAGCGGUGUGUAGCUGUGUGUUUCCCUUUGAGACAUGCUAUGAUUGUCACCAUCAGAAACACGAGGCUGGCAAUUAUUGCCGCUUGGACUUCCAGUUCAUUACAUAAUAUCUUUCGCGUUAUUUUGCUGUUAGAUUUUCCUUUUGAAGACCUAGACAGUCUGCAAAUGAAAGAUUUGUGUUCUGAAAUCACAAUGCUACUUGGAUCCAGGUCUAAAAUGUAUGAUAAUGCUUUCACUGGUUUUCUUUUUGCUUCAGCAGCCAUUGUAAUCAUUUCUUCCUAUGUUGGUGUAAUAAUAGCAGCCAGGUCAGCAUCUACAGGAAAGGCUUCAGCCCUGAAGGCUCGUAAUACAUUGAUGCUACAUUUGGUGCAAUUAUGCCUCAGUUUGUCCUCAACUAUUUACAACCCAAUGCUUAUAGCUCUUAUAAAAAUUGUUCAAACUGUAGUGUUUAUACGAUUACACAAGUUUCUUUAUGUAUUAAUAAUUUUAUUCCCCAAGUGUUUGAGUUCUUUAAUUUAUGGAAUUAGAGAUCAAACUAUCAGACCUAUUCUUCUGGCCCAUCUAGGUUGCCAACUAAAACUUAAAACUGUUGCAGUCAGUGGUUGAAAGUUCAGCUUCUGUCAAGGUCUUCAUAACUGUGAAAGAAACUAAGCCACUUCCAUAAUUAUCAGCUUUAUUAGUGUCUUAAAUAUAGUGAAAAUUUUGUUAGUUAUUUUUAAUGCAUUGUUUUGCUGUUGUGAAGAAUCCAUAUUAUCAACGAGACCACAAAUAAGACUGGGAUGAAUCUGCAAACACGGCACCGUCUAACAGAUCAUGACAUUAAUAAAAGUACAUGUGUUGUAACAAAUAUCUGACCAAACCUUUUAUGUUUACACUGAAUUCAAAUGAAAAACUUUCUAUGUAUGUUUAUGUCUGCAAAUAAAGGACAAACAUGAAUUUUAAUUUUAAGGAA